AUGGGCUACAAGCUUGCAGCAAAAUCAUUUUCUGUCCCACAGACAACUUUAGAAAGACAAGUGAAGCUUGCGCGAGAAAGUUUAGAUAAGAAUGGUCCAAUUACUGUUAAAUUUAAGGUACCGUUAGGCCCAAAAGAGCAAGUUUUUACUGAUAAUGAAGAGGAAGAGCUAUGUAAAUACAUAAUAGAUAUGGAGAGCAGGCUUUAUGGACUGACAAUGAAAGACUUAAGAGGUUUAGUCUAUAGACUAGCGCCUGAAAGUACCUCAUCCGCACGUGCUGCUGGUUUCAAUAAACAGGUGGUAGACCAGUUUUUCAAUUUUUUGGGCAAUGUUUACGAUGAACAUCAUCUAACACCUGAUGACUGCAACUGCGAUGAAACUGGUAUUUCAGUUGUGCCCAAAACUAAAUCAAAAAUUAUCGCAAGAAAGGGCAGAAAGCAAGUGGGAGCCAUAACAUCUGCUGAACGAGGUACGACCAUUACAGUAGAAAUCUGUUUUAGUGCUAGUGGUAAUUUUAUGCCACCCAUGAUGGUAUAUCCUAGAAAAAGAAUGGAUCCGCAACUUAUGAUUAAAGCUGCCCCCGGUGCUUGGGGAGUUUGCAGUGAUUCGGGCUGGAUGACUUCAGAACUUUUCCUAGAUUGGUUUAAAAAGUUCGUCGAAUUUAGCGGAGCAACACCUGAGCGUCCUGUUUUGUUAUUAUUGGAUGGACAUAGUACUCAUACGAAGAACAUUGAUCUCAUAAAUGAAGCACGCACUCACGGCGUUAUCAUUUUAUGUUUCCCACCACAUACAACUCACCGUCUUCAGGUUGCAGACGUUGCUUACAUGAGACCGUUAAGUACCUACUACGAUCAUCAAAUCAUGGCGUGGCUUCGCAGCAACCCAGGGAUGACUGUCACUGUCCGAUAA